GUGUUAUUCUUUCAACUACAUACAGAAUUUUUUAUUUUUUAUUUUAUUUCUAGUCUAAAACGUUAAACGUUUGUUAUUAAGUUGCUCCGAUUGUAAAUGCUUGUAAAUAAUAAUUACAAAUCAUAUAAAUAAAACGAUUUUAUUACAAUGGCCGAGGAGGAGUCAGAUUCUAAACCUUCGUAUCCACUUAAAGUAUUUUAUUGUGGAAAUUGUUCACUUCCACCGGAGUACUGUGAUUUUUCUUCAGACACAGAACGUUGUCGGGAAUGGUUAGAGAAGUAUUUGCCCGAUGAAUUUAAUAGGUUAAUGACAGCCAGUGGUUCGGUUGGUGGGGACGACUCGGACGAAAAAAAACGUCAGAAACGUGGUGGCAAAGGUAUGGUGAAGUCCAAAAAAAAAGAAGAGGGACCAAAACAAGUGUGUUUGUCGAGAGCACCCCGUGGCAAAAAGAAGUCUGUUACUGUUGUUACGGGCCUAAACUCUUUUAACAUCGACCUGAAAGUAGCAGCUAAGUUUUUCGGUACAAAAUUCGCCUGUGGGUCUAGUGUGACGGGUGACGAUGAAAUUGUCAUACAAGGGGAUGUCAAGGAUGACUUGUUUGAUAUUAUUCCUGAAAAGUGGCCGGAAAUUGAUGAGGAUUACAUUGAAGACCUUGGCGAUCUUAAACGAUGAUUCUAUGAAAAUUGUCGUUAACAUUUAUUAAAUGUAAAACAAAAAAAGCGUUUCCUCCUACAUAUAUGGCUUGUGAAGGGUGGACUUCAAUUACUGGACAGUAGGUUGUCAUAACAUCAUCCGCUAUAAGUGCAUGUAACAAUGCUCCCUUGGAAUCAUAAACUUGCAUCUAUAAAAAAAAAACAUGUCAACUCAGUUAAGCAAUUUACAG